AUGGAAUCGGAGGCGACACCGGCUCAGGAGCCCAGCAAGAACGAGGGCGUCGACUGCCCCAUGGCGCAAAACGAGUCGAAAAUCGAAAGAGAAACACCUUCAUCGUCGGCGCCGGAGACGCAGCUCGCCGAGGAGGUUCGACUGCGGCGGUUCACCGAGGACGUGCUGGACACCCGGCAGGAGGAACUGGAGCUCCAGGAAGCUGAGAACAAGAAGCUUCGGAAGAAAUUGGAGUCUGUCAAGAAGGAGCUGGCAGACACGCAAGACCAGCUCAUCGAGGCUCGUAAUCAGUCCAAGGCAAAGUCGAAACAGCUUCAGGAGGCCAAGGAUCAGAUCUUCAGCCUCCAGCCACGGCGCAAAGACAUUACAGAAUCAGAAGCGCAAGAGGCUUACAAAAGGCUGUGCAGUAACAUACAGAGAUGGGUAGAAAACCGGCUCCCAGCAACGCUUGACGACAUGGAGGCUGGCCGGCUCCGAGCGCGCCCUUCGGGAACGCACGCCGGGAGAUUUGUGUCCUUGAUCAGAGAACCAGCAAAACGCUGUCUCAGCGUCUACCAGUCGGACGAGCACCAUGUCAUUGCGGUCAUCAUGUACUAUCUCUGGCUGGCAUUCUUUUCCAAGUCAUUCUACUGCCCGCUGGGCGGUUCCGACGACGACGCCACCAUCAUGUGGAUCGACGAGCUGGAAAGCGCAAUGUCUAGGCUACCUCGAGACCCCGCCCACUGCCGCGAAUGGCGCAGCGAGACUCUGACGGCUCUGACGGCGCAGCCGCUGUUCAAGUCGCGUCGGGCGACGUACAUAAACCUUGUUUCGGAGGAUCUGUCUGCGGUCCUGGCCGUGGCCGUGCCCAAGGUCGCGCCUUCAGAGCUUCAGAGCUCCGUUCGACGGACCAUUGUCGAGCCAGCGGCUGACUUUGCGCACCAACUUCACCUGGCGUCCAACAUCUACUCUCUCAAGUGGCCGGCUCGCAAUGCCAGCACGCGGCUUGAAGUGUACGAAUGCAUAAAUCUGGCCAAUGGAGGUCUGGUGCUCGACCUGAGCGGCACGGGGCCCUCGUCGCCCUCGCGCCGCAAGGUUAGCUACCUAUUCGACGUGGCACCAGGAUUGUUUGUCGAGAGAGUCGAGGUGGGGAAAAAGGCACCGUUGAAAGCUAUCUACAGGCCCAACGUCCUAGUAUAUGCCGGCGAAGGGGAGGCGCCGCAGCGGCCAACCCUCAUCAAGUGGCUCGUCGACAACUCCUCCGGUGGAGGCAGCUCACGCGAGCAGUUGCCGCGAACCUCGGCGCCUCGGAGUAAGAUCCUUUCCCAUCCUGCAGUCUCCAAGCUCUGA